CACACACAUCCGUUGACAUCAACGGGUCACUUCACCUCCUUCCUCAUCACCAUCAUCAUGGACGUCGACACCGAUCUCGGCGUCAAGCUGGCUGCCAUUGCAGAAACACCGAACCAGCGCGAUCGGAUCGAGGCGUAUCUGUCGCUGCUUGAGUCCCUCCUCUCCUCGCCAGAUGUGUCCGACCUGACCGCCUUCGGGCGACACUUCACGACGUCGACGAGCGUACCGCUCGUCGCAGGGCGGCGCGUUCUCGGCGCCUUCGUUGCUGCGCUGACAUCGGGUCUCAUGCAUGACGCCGAAGACGAGGCCAAGUGGACUACGCUUGGCGCCGUGUUCGCGAAGCACGAGGGGUCGCGCAAGGCGAUCAUUGAGGGUGUGUUGGGUGACUACGCUGGCUGGUGCGAAGAGCAGACGACGCGCCUGCGGCGCGCCCAGAGUGCUAUCCUCCAGAACGAGGAAGACUGGGCCGGCGCCGCCGACGCGCUUAUCCGCAUUCCACUUGAGGGCGGGUCACGCCUCGUGGGCGAUGACGAGAAGCUCGGCAUCUACCUCCAAAUCGUGCGCCUGUUGCUGGAGGACGAGCGCAGCGAGCGUGCCCAGCACUACUUCAACCGCGCGUCGCUCCUGAUUACGCCCGAGACAAGCCAGGAGGCGCAGCUGACGCUACGCCUGUCGCAGGCGCGUCUGUUCGAUUUCUCGGCGCGUUUCACCGAAGCUGCGCGCGUGUAUCACGACGUGUCGCUCGACGCGGCGGUCGACGAGGACGACCGCCUCAUGAUGCUGCAGCAGGCGGUGACGACGAGCAUCUUGGCCCCGGCCGGCCCGCAGCGUCUGCGCCUCCUCGCGCAGCUCAACCGCGACGAUCGCGUGCACUCUGCCAUCCCCGCGCACCUCGGGACAAUGCUGCGCAAGAUGCUGCUCGAGUACAUCGUGCGGCCGGCCGAGGUCGCCGAGUUCGAGGCGGGGCUCAUGCGGCACCAGAAGGCGCAGGUCGAGGGCGGUGGCACCGUGCUGGAGCGCGCAGUACGCGAGCACAACGUCGGCGCGUGCGCAAAGGUCUAUGACAACAUCUCGUUUGACGCUCUCGGCGACCUCCUCGGUUUAGACGCGCCCGCGGCCGAGACUGUCGCCCGCAAGAUGAUUGAGCAGGGACGGCUGCGCGCGUGGAUCGAUCAGCCGCUCGGCCUUCUGUACUUUGAGAGCCGGCACGAGGAUAAGGACGGGCAGGUUGCUGGCACGGCUGGUGGCCUCGGCGUUGAGCGCGAAGAGACGCCUAUCGAGCCCGUGGCUUGGACCGAGCGUUGGGACGCCCGAAUCCGCCACACGAGCAUUCAGGUUGAGACGAUCGCGGCUGCGAUCCAGUCCCGCGGUCUCGUGCAAUAGUGUAAUUAUCCAUAUGUUGUACAUAACAUGAACAUGGUUGGGCAGUAUGAGCAACACCAUCACUCUCCCCCCGUCCAUGCAGCCUCGCCUCGUGUGCUGGCAAGUCUAUUACAAUGCAGAGUGUGUAUGAAUGCUGUCUGUCAU